AUGCCACUUCUCACAACUGCCUGCCGGAUGCGUGUACUCGUCCCAGGGGGACUAAUCCGCUCCUAUAGCACACCAGUCUCGGUUGCAAAUUUGGCUGCGCUCGACGCAUGGAUUCGUCAUGAAAAGAUCCUCACGCUCACCGAUACGCUGCGACCAGAGCAUUUGUCUGAUUUGUACGUUACGUUGCCUACCCGCGACGGUACUAUAGCGCCCUUUCAACCACCCACAGAGCAGACGCCACUAGGAUACGGGCACCAUCUCGUCUUUUUUCACCCUCGCAAUCCGGAACAUGCUCUGCGCUCUGAUGGUACCGAUACGGACUUUUGUCCCCCUGAACCGUGGACACGGCGCAUGUGCGCGGGUGGUAGGAUCGUUUGGAGGCAUCCUCUGUUGAUUGGUGAGAAAGCUGUUGCGACUGCCAGAGUCAGCUCCGUAGAGAAAAAGGGGUUUGAAAAGGGCUCGCCGAUGGUCUUUGUCAAGCAGAAGAUAGAGUACCGGAAGGAGGGUAGUGAUGAGGUUGCUAUAGAGGAAGAGCGGUCUCAUGUAUAUCUCGCGUCCCCCGGAAACAGGAGGGAGGCCAGGAUAGUCAAGGACCUGCCUGCUUCUCCAAAGUUCUGCUUGAAAUACACUCCCAGUCCUACCACAUUGUUCCGCUUUUCCGCACUGACUUUCAACGGUCAUUAUAUUCAUCUUGACAAGGACUAUGCGCAGAGGUCUGAGGGAUAUGCCGAGAGGCUUGUUCAUGGACCAUUGACCGCGCUCAUGCUUCUAGACACCUAUGCGACACAAUCUUUUGAUAUUGCGGUCAAAUCAUUUGAGUAUCGCGCAAUUAAUCCGCUGGUGGCAUCAUCAACGCGGGGAGGCACCCUGCUCACCCUUUGUCCCUUACUUGCACCAUCCCUCGCUCCCAUUUCCAAGCUCAUGGCACCUAAGCCUGCUUCCACCGCAUCCAAGGCACCUGCCUCCACCGCAUCCAAAGCUCCUGCCAAGUCUGAGACAUCCAAGGCAGCCAAGAAGACUUCUGCAAAGCCUGCAGGUCCUGAGGGGGAGAAGAAGAAGCGACGAAAGGCGCGUAAGGAGACCUACAGUUCAUAUAUCUAUAAGGUGCUCAAGCAAGUGCAUCCUGAUACGGGUAUAUCCAACAAAGCUAUGGCAAUCCUCAAUUCCUUUGUCAACGAUAUUUUCGAGCGGAUAGCCACCGAAGCUUCAAAACUUGCGUCGUACUCGAAGAAGUCGACCAUCUCGUCAAGGGAAAUUCAGACCAGCGUGCGCCUCAUUCUGCCCGGUGAACUUGCUAAGCAUGCCAUAUCGGAGGGCACGAAGUCUGUUACCAAAUUUUCAUCGUCGCAGAAGUAG